GUAUUCGAGACUCGGUGAUCAUCUAUAGCAAUCGGCGAUCCAUGAGCCCGAGCCCAAGGAUCGCUGACCAGCCACGAACUGUCGUGAUGUGCCAACCUGAUCGCGACACGACCGACGCCCCGAUCCACGUCAUGGCUGGAGGCCAACUCGACAUGGCCAGCUCUGACGUGACACGACCCGUUGACCCGACCUACACGCGACCCGACCUGAUCGCGAGCCCUACUUUCCAUUUGUGUGCCUUAGUAAUCAGUCAGAAUGUUAUCACGUAUUCAGUAAUGUUCAACUUUCUCAAUGUUCAGAUGCCGCCACGUAGGGAACCCGAUCAUCAGGCUCCUACUCAGGCUACGGUAGUUGCUCAGUUCCACGACUAUCAUGCUGAAAAGUUCUCAGGGCAGGGAGAUCCCCGCAUUGUAGAUGAAUGGAUUCAGGGGUUAGAGUUUAACUUUGAGGUCAUGGACUGCCCCGAUAGAUAUCGCGUAGUUUGCGCCCAGCUUCAGCUCACUGGUGAUGCUAGGCUCUGGUGGAAUGCCUACUGGAGCAUGCGUCCCGGUGAAAAGGUGGGAUGUACGUGGGACAUGCUCAAUGAGCUAGUCCGCGAAAAGUACUACCCAUCCUACUAUCGGACAGAGAAGGAGCGUCAGUUCUUAGCGCUCCAGCAGGGCACUCGUACGGUUGAUGAGUACGAGCGAGAGUUCACUAGACUUGCAGCUUUUGUACCAGACCUAGUUCGCACGGAGGCUCAGAGAGCGCAGCGGUUCAUCGACGGGCUUUACCCAGCAGUCCGUCACAACAUCGUGGGACAUGGGACUCAGACCUACGCUUGUGCAGUUUCUAUUGCCCAGGAGGUGAACGCUAGCAUCAAAAGGGAGGCAGUUCGUGAUCGUGCUCAGCCAUCUGCCCCAGUUCAGCCAUUCGUAGCUCCACCAGCUCUACCAGGCCCUCAGCCGGCAAAGGAGAAGAAGAGGAAGGGGAAGGGUGCACAGACUGACCGGAGGACCGACAGAGACAGCAGCCGAUUCCACC